AUGUAUGCGUGCCAUAAAAUUCUCAAAUCGCAACCCUGCGACGUCUUCAUCAACCACCGUGGCGUCGACACGAAGAGGAGCGUUGCAGGGCUGCUUUACAAUCACUUUGCUAGGUUAAAUCUCCGUCCAUUUUUGGACAACAAGGUCAUGAAGCCAGGUGACAAGUUGCUCCAAAUGAUAGACAUGGCGAUUAGGGAUUGUAAGGUUGGGAUCGCCGUGUUUUCGCCUCGUUAUUGCGAGUCCUACUUUUGUCUUCAUGAGUUGUCUCUUCUCAUGGAGUCCAAGAAAAGGGUUGUACCCAUUUUUUGUGAUGUAAAACCUUCUGAGCUUAGGGUUAGGGACAGUAAAAUCUGUUCAGCAAAGGAACUGCAUAGGUUUAGAUGGGCUCUUGAGGAGGCCAGGGAUUGGGCGGAUCUCCUGAGGAGUGCUUCGGAGGCUGUCCUGAAGAACUUGAUCGAGGUUGAAGAAGAGAGAGAUUUACCCAAAAAAAAGAGGUUGAAGAAGAAGAGAGAUUAG